CGCAGUUGCGUAAUUGUAAAUGUCAAGCGUGUUUCUUUUAGGUUAGUAAAUAAAAACGAAAAAUAUAUUUUUUAUUUAUUUUUUUUGAAAUAAAAUUGACAAAGCCUUUUUUACAAUGGAGGCAAAUACAAAACAAUUACAACAAGAUGGACUGAGAAUUGAUGGACGUAGACCUAAAGAAAUUCGAAAAAUUAAUAUAAGAUUAGGUGUUUUUGGACAGGCUGAUGGAAGUGCAUAUAUUGAACAAGGAAAAACUAAAGUUUUAGCAACAGUUUAUGGUCCUCAUCAGCCACGUGGAUCGGCGGCAAAAAAUGUGUCAACAAAAACAGUAAAAGGAAUAGUUAAUUGUCAAUAUAGUACGGCAGUGUUUAGUUUUGGUGCUGGUGAACGAAAACGAAGACCAAGAGGAGAUCGAAAAUCAUUGGAACGAUCUCUUCAACUUCGUCAUGCAAUGGAAGCAAUUAUUCAUUUGGAUCUUAUGGCACGAUCACAAAUUGAUAUUUUUGUUGAAAUAUUGCAAGUCGAUGGCAGUGAAUUUUGUGUUGCUGUAAAUGCUGCAACACUUGCUCUUGUAGAUGCUGGUAUUCCAAUAAAAGAUUAUGCUGUGGGUUGUUCGGUCACAGUGGCAGAUAAUGCAACAACAGACGAUAAAGGAACUCAAAGAAUUGGACUUUUAGAUGCAAAUUACAUGGAAGAAUGUACGCCCGGCGUUACAUUAUCAAUAGUUUCACUUCCAGGUCAUAAUAUUGAAAUUCCAAUUGGAAAUAGUGUUCUUAUCGUUCAAGGUUCCGGUCAACGACUUCAUUUGUCACGUUUAGAGGAAUUAAGAAUGAUGGCCAUUGAGGGUUGUCGCGACAUAAGAACAAUUCUCGACGAAGCUGUGAAACAUCAUUUAAACAUCUACUCUAGUCAUACCGCCGAUUAAAUAAUAGAAAAUAAUAAUAAUACAUAGAAACAAGUUCGAUUUUAUAAAACUUUAUUUUUACUUUAUAAAAAAUAAAUAACUUUUUUUUAAUAGAAAAAUGCUGAUUAACUUGCA